UAUAAAUGAUAUCAAAUGCUCUGUUAUGUUCUGUAUGUACUAUGUUGUGUUCUGCAAAUACUCUGUUUUAUUCUAUUUUCUUCCACACAACCUCCAAUGUCUCCUCCACCAUGUUGAAGGCCACCAUCCUUUUCACUUCCCUUCCUUUCCUCACCCUCUCCACUCGCUUCUUCUCUCGUACUCGCAAACCCCUCCCCAACCCUUCCACCUUCGACGACGCCGUUUCCUUCUUCCACCGCAUGCUCCAUCUCCAUCCCACACCCCGAAUCGUCUCUUUCAACAGGAUUCUCUCAUCAGUCAUGAAGACCAAACGCUACUCCACCGUCGUUUUCCUCUGUUCCCAGUUAGACUCAAAGGGCAUCCCCAAACCCUCCCUCGUCACUCUCAGCAUCUUCAUAAACUCCCUUUCACACUUGGGCCAAAUGGGCCUCGCGUUCUCUGUCAUGGGGAAAAUCAUCAAAAGGGGUUUUGAAGUCGACCCAUUAACGCUCACUACCCUUAUGAAGGGGUUGUGCCUCAAAGGUAGGACCUUUGAGGCACUGGACUUGCAUGACCAUGCUGUGUCCAAAGGGUUCUCCUUUGAUGAAGUUUGUUAUGGCACUUUGAUCAAUGGGUUGUGCAAAGUGGGCAAAACAAAGGGUGCCAUUGAGUUGCUGAGGAAAAUGGAGAGGGUUGGAAUUAAGCCUAAUUUGAUAAUGUAUAAUAUGGUUGUUGAUGGUUUGUGCAAAGAGGGACUUGUUACUGAAGCUUGUGGGUUGUGUUCUGAGAUGGUUGGCAAAGGAAUUUGUCUUGAUAUUUUCACUUACAAUUCUCUUAUUCAUGGUAUGUGUGGGGCUGGUCGGUUUCAGGGGGCGGCUAGGUUGUUGAAUGAGAUGGUAAUGCAAGAGAACAGAGACAUUUGGCCGGAUGUUUAUACCUUUAAUAUAUUGGUUGAUGGGUUGUGUAAGUUGGGGAUGGUCACGGAGGCGAGGAAUGUGUUUGGUGUGAUGAUUAAGAGAGGGUUGGAACCUGAUGUUGUUAGUUACAAUGCUUUGACGAAUGGUUUUUGUUUGAAGGGUUGUGUGAAUAAGGCCAAAGAGGUGUUUGAUAGAAUGGUUGAAAGAGGUACAUCACCGAAUGUUGUUAGCUAUUGUACCUUGAUUAAUGGGUAUUGUAAGGUUAAGAUGGUCGAUGAGGCCAUGAGGCUGUUAAUAGAGAUGCAUAAGAGGAAUUUGGUUCCAGAUACAGCGACAUAUAAUUGCCUUUUUGAUGGUUUGUCGAAAUCUGGGAGAGCCUUGUUUGAGUGGGAUCCGGUAGAGGUGAUGCGUGUGAGUGGUCAAGCACCGGAUUUGAUCACUUACAAUGUGUUGUUAGAUGAUUAUCUCAAACGCCACUGUCUUGAUAAGGCGAAGGCGCUUCAGCACAUUGUUGAUAUGGGAAUUUCUCCAAAUAUUCGUACGUAUAACAUACUUAUAGAUGGUCUUUGCAAACGUGGAAGAUUAGACGCAGCUAAAGAGAUUUUUCAACUUUCUUCUGUGAAAGGCUGUGGUCCAAAUAUCCGGACUUAUAAUAUUAUGAUCAAUGGGCUCUGUAGAGAGGGAUUGUUUGAUGAAGCAGAGGCCUUACUUUUGGAAAUGAUAGAUAAUGGUUGCCCUCCUAAUGCUGUAACUUUUGAUCCCUUAGUUCGUGCUCUACUAGCAAAAUAAUUGGAAUUGUUAGGACCAUCAAGAUUUUUUAUGAUACAAACAGCUGCUGGGAGCUUUGUCUCUAGAAAAAGGAUAUGACAAGGUGACAUUGUUUUUUAUAUGGGGCCUUACCUGCUUCAAGAUUACUCCGGAUUCUGUAACGAGAAUGGAUGCAAAUUUGCAUGAUCUGUUUAUAUAUGAAGCAUUUUUGUAUUAAUAUCUUCUCCUUCUAGUGACUAUGAUGGUUUGGCUUUGGGGUGUAAAUAUGUGGUUAUUUCUACGAUCCACUGUCAGCUAUGCCAAGGUCUUUGAUCUUGAUCAAAACCACCUUACAUACAAAGAGACAUGGAAGAUAGUCAGGUUCUUUGCUCAGCCUUCAUUUUAGAGAAAGCAUUAUUCAAUGCAAAGUGGAAAGUCAGUCAUUAUUUUUAAAAUCAAUAUUUCAACCAUAAGUUUGUCUUUAUCUGGUUCUUUUAAACUUACUGGUAAUCAAAGUAAUAAGUGCUUAUACACUUAAAAGCCAAGUUAGCCUUUGUAUGGGUUGUCAAUAGUAAAAUAUAGAACAGUAUUUGUAGCGGGACAGUAGAAGGACUCAAAGUUAGAGAGGGGAGAGAAAGAGGAUGUUGUUAGAAACACACUUUGCUCUAGGCGUACAAUUGCAUUCAUACUAAUUUGCAAGUUAAUAUCUCCAUUCCAAAUCAAUAAUAUUCCCUCAGCAAUCCAGCAUUUGUUAGCAUGUCAGAUAGAAUAAACAGUCAACUAUGUCUAACAUAUCAGAAACCCCCCACAAGAUGAUGCAUCGGUAUUUCUUGUGCCCAUCAUUUGAAUGGAAAACCCUGCUGCCAAGACCUUUUAGGUGAACUAUGCAUUCUGCAAGUUAAUCUUCAUAUUUUAGGAAGGGUUUGCAAAGUAUAUUCAGUUUCUCUUAUAAGUGCAUCUUAAUAUCCAUCUGCUUUAUUAUGUUUUAUUGUACUUACUGAUUAUACCAUCCUAGUCACAAUAGAGAUAUGGAGCCUUUUUCGUGAAAAAGUAUAUAAGACAUGAACUUACCUUUUAAUUCAUAUGAAUUAAAUAUGGACUUUAUUAACGUGGAUAAAUUGAAUGUGAAGUUAUGUUGUUCUACAAUUUAGUUUAUAUAUACACAACUUUUUGCUUUUGGAGAAGCCUAUUUAAUUUUGACUUCAUAUUGUCUUCUCCCUAAUUGUUUAUUGUGAAAUUUAUCCAAACAAAUUUACUCCUAGCCCCACCUCUCCAACCCGGGUUUCUGCAUCAACUCUACUGUCUCAAUUUUUCAACAGCAUUUUACUUCCAAGAAAGCUUAUGAAAAAGCUAUUGCUGAUUUUAUCUGAAACGGUUCUUCCUGAAACCCCUUUCAAGUUUCAAAUGAUAGUAUAUGAUUUUAAUCCUUUUUCAAAAUUAUUCCCAAAGAAGUAAUCAAAAUUUGGGCACAACAGAUUAUUUGUUUAAGCUGGUGCUACAUUGCUCAUGUGACAAAACCAAUUGGUAGUGAGUAUGUCUCCUUAUAAGGGAAUUUAUACAUGUAUCUAUUGGAAUAAUUUGUUCACAUUUU